UGAGAAAGAGAGAGAGAGAGGCAGAAUAAAAAACAAAAUUAAUAAAUAUUGUACACGAUGCCAAUUAUCAAGAAGAUUACGAAUUCUGGAUCAUUAUUACAAUUUCGCUCCAAUAGCAUUUACCUGACAUUUAGUUCUAUCAUAGACAUUCGAUUUCGACAGCAACACUUCAGGAAUUGGUAAAUUUAAAAUAUAUUGAGAUUAAUUAGACGGCUUGAUUGAAUCAUGAAUAUGAAAUACGAUGAGGACUUGUCGGAGAAUCGAUUUCUGCAGGAGCUCAGAAAUGAAUAUGAAGCUACAUUCCAACAAAUUAUCCAGGAAGGCUGGAUCAUCUGUGUUCCACGAAGUGGAAGUUUCUCAAAUCGCGAAUUGCGGGAAGACGAAAUUAAGGCUCAUAUCUUGAUCCCCAAGCAGGACUUCUCCACAGCUCGAUUUUACAAUCUGAACAACAGGGAAGUCCUGUUGGUGGACAAAGUUCUGACUAUCAAGUACAAUGACAGCAAACAAUAUUCUACGCGCUUGCUCUUUGAGGAAAUCUUUUACAGCUCGAAUUUGCUUAAAUAUUGUGUGUGGUGCAUAGAACAACCCUUGGAUGCUAGUAUGUGUGUCUCAGACAACUGUGUGAAUAUAAUCACAAAUCUUCAGGAAGCUGUAAAUUUUCUCCAAACAGAACUUGAUAAGCAGCUCCACGAUAACUUAGAAACCAAAAUCAAAGACUUCUUAUGUAUCAACAAAAACUUAGCGUGUAAGUCAAUACAAAUGCAAAGAGAGUUAGUGCAAGAAUUGUACAUUGAUUGUCUUAAAAUGCUAUUGGAAUAUACAGCAUUGGAAGAAAAAGUUUCAGGUAGUAAGCAGUAUUGUUCGAAUAUUAAAGUAUCGCUAGAAACAUAUAUUCUGUAUGCUUUAAGAGAAGUAUUGCUAAGAUCAUUAUCCACUUGUACUGCUGUAGAAGAUGCGUGCUUAAACAAGAUCAUUAGGAAUCUAGAUGGGAUCCUAUUGAGCGAUCUUCGAAUACGAUCCGACUUGGAAUCUCGCGUUUAUGGAGGAAAGAUGGAACUAUCACGGUUAGAUUGUUAUGUGACUGUGUUAGGUAAAAUCGAGUGUCUCAGGAGAACUGUAAAUUAUAUCUCGCAUGGAACGUCUGUCGUCUCGUCUGAUGAUCUACUACCGAUACUUGUGUUUCUCGUUGUUAAUGUCGGUUUGUCAAACUGGACAGCACAAUUAUUUUUCAUGAAGCAAUUCCGUCUUUCCUCAAGUUCUGCUUAUGAAGCAGACGAAACCUGUUUUUUAAUAACAUCACUGGAGGCUGCGAUCGAACACAUCAAGUCUGGAGUAAUCUGCGAAGGGGACAAGUAUGCGAUUAAUCCGGAUAAAUACAAUCAAUUGAUAGAUAAAUCGGAUUGCUCGUCUAUCAAUUAUUUGUUUGCAUGUGUCAAGAAUGGAAAUCUAUCCGAAGUGGAAAGGAUACUGACCUACAAGAGAUCUAAGCAGAACGAUAAGGUCUCGCUUUGCCAUCCUUUAUGCACCUGUGCGUCCUGCGAGCGAAAUUGGACGAAACAUCGAGAGUUAAAUGAAUGUCCUAGGGACGACAGAGGUUUAACUUCAUUGCACAUCGCAGUAUUGUAUGAUCAAAUAGUGAUCGUGGAUUUUCUUCUCGAUCAUGGUGCGGAUAUAAAUGCCGCCGAUUUGGAUGGCUUAACGCCCCUUCAUUACGCCUGCGUCAAAGGCCACCAAAAUAUUCUGCUACUGAUGCUGCACGCUAACGCGGAUCCUACAGUGACGGACUUACAGGGAAAUACACCGCUACAUCUGGCUGUGGACCGCGGUCACGAGAACUGUGUGAAGGCGUUGCUAUAUUUAUCAGAACACAUGAAGAUUUCGGUUAAUCCAAAUGCCACGAACGACAACGGGGACACGCCGUUGUAUCUCGCAGCUAAGUGGGGCUACGGUGCGAUCGUUGGUAUCCUUUUAGAAUAUGGUGCAAACUGCAGAUUAAUCAAUAAAAAGGGUCAAACACCGUUGACUGUUACGUACAGCAAGAGCAUCGCCGAGUUGCUCAAACACUACGCAACAUCUGCGAACGAUAUCCGCAACAAUGUUGCUUUGUCCCAGAAGAAAUGCGUAACCCUCGCUCAAUCCCAGAUGUCAUUUCAGCAACGUCGUUGGACUACGUCGGAUUUGGAGAGUUUAUCAACGUCACAUCCUAAGAACUGUGCCAACCCACAACAUCGUAUGAUGGAUAAAUUGCUUGCCGCAAUAGUCGAUGGUGAUGUAUGCUUGGCAUGUUACUAUCUGGGAUUGGAGGUUUAUCGGAGCGAGGGACUGCCGGGCUCUUGCGCGAGUCUGUGCCAUCAUCCGCUAUGCGACUGCGAGCGUUGUUCAGCUCUCGGUGAGCGCAAAUUCGAGCGCGAGCGGAGACAACGGGUGCUCGCGAUCAACGCCUGCAACGAUCUUGGCGAGACGGCAUUGCAUGUGGCGAGUGCAACAGGUCGCGUCGAGAUGGUACAGCUGCUCCUGGAUGCUGGCGCGAACGUGAACGCGAUGACCAAGUCGGAAGGUCGUACUCCAUUACACCUGGCAUGUCUCAACAAUCACGUCGAAGCGGCAAAACUACUGUUUAACUGUGGGACCUGCGAUCUAGACGCCAAGGAUCAUAACGGCGACACAUCGUUGCAUCUGGCGACUGUUGCUGGCAAUGUGAAACUUGUCAGUCUGUUGAUAAGAUAUGGUGCAAACACUAAUAUUCGCAAUGCCCUAAACAAAUCGCCGCUGCGACAGGUGGAGGAAUUGAAGUUAUCCGUCGUCUUCUCCACAAAUCAUGCCAGUAUACUGAAAAUUCUACAACAAAACACUCAGUCAAUAGGCGAUUAGUAUAAGCCACUCUGUUUUUUUUUAUAUUAUGUGCGUAUCGUUUUAUUUACAUAAAUAAU